GUUUCAGAAUCUUGAGAGAUCGGGUGCUGUAAAAUCAACCGCGUAUCUCACAUAAACUCUAAUAAAGCCAUGAUAUCUUCACAAAUCUGAAUUAUAGCAAUGUCAAGACCUGUCUUGAAAGAAGUUGACCCUAACACUGUUUUUGCAGCCAAGGCCCAAAACAGGGCCCCAAACAAGGAUCCCAGAUCCCAGAACACCCUUUUUUUGAAUAGCAAUCUUCAUAUUAGUCAGACGCGUCCUCACUCUGAAGAUGUCACUUUGGUCGAGUGUGAAACCAGUGGUGAUUUUGAUUUCAGCUUCCUGGAUCCGCAGCAUCAGGAUUCUAGACCGGCAAGCACUGGUAGCAACUUUGACGGUUCCCUUAGUAUCGACUACACCAACAUAAACGAGCUACUGAAUGAGGUAGUGGAGAAAAGCGAUCUGACUGACCUCGUCAGAAGGGAGUUGUUCUUUUACACUCAAACGGGGAUGUUGACAUAUGAGAAUUUCGACCAGCUGUACUCUAAAGUCAAUGCAAAGUCAGGGUCCCACAAUAUUGAGAUAAGAGCAAUUUGUGCAUCCAGCCAGCGAGUCUGGAACACUUCACAAAAAUCCAGCUACAAAGUGGCAAUCUGUCCUAAACGUUGUAUUGCGUUCACAAAAGAAUAUUCUGACCACAAUAGGUGCCCUUACUGCAAUUCCGAAAGAGAUAACAGCUCUUAUUUGAUCUACAAUUCCGUGAGACCAUUGAUUGGCUCAAUCAUGUCUAAUCCAUUUUCAAGGGCCCAGAUUGAACUGUCAUCUUUGCACAGUGGCAACGAAUACAACUUGUUUGUCACGCUUAUGGUCGAACAAAAAGUGACGGUGAGCAAUGUCGACUAUGAUAUUGUUUCC